AUGAGUCUUCACACUGGUGACCUGAGGACUGGUGGAAGACGAGGUGCAGGCGCGGGUUGCGUCUCCAUUGCCAGCCACAGGAUGCACCAGUGUCCCUACUGUGGCUACUCCACAAGGAAGGCUGCUCACUUUAGCUUUCAUGACCCUAUAGACAAAGAUGCUGCUGUUUUUGAUGCUGAUGAUAGAGUAGGGCUGGACACAUCCCGUAGGAUGAGUGGCGGAGGAGGUGCACCGGGAGCUGAGAAUGACCACAGUACUGUCACUAAGAAGCGUAUGUGCCUCCACUGUCCAUACAGUACAAAUGUUGCCACAAACUUCAGAAACCACAUGCGCACACACACAGGCGAAAAGCCAUUUUCGUGCUCAUUCUGUCCUUACUCAGCCAUAACAAAGGACAACCUGAAGAGACACAUUCGUGGUCAUACAAGAGAAAGUUCCUUUGAGUGUCCCAUGUGUCCAUUCAAGUGUAUAGAUAAGAGUGCCAUCAUGAACCACAUGGUAACUCAUCAUCCACAAUGGUGCUAG